UUUAGAUUAUGCUGAGUAUUGCCUUGCGUGACAUAAGCACUAUAUUGUCUAAAAAGAGAUAAUAUUUAAACAGUUGAAUGUCUUAGUUUGAGAGCAGUGAAUGCUGACUUCCAGUAUGAAUGCCGUACACUGUUUUGUCUCUGUGUUGGUUUGUGUCAGCUAUGCCCAAAGUUUAGAGAGAUUUAUUGCAGCAGUCUAUGAACAUGCUGUUAUACUACCAGACAGUACACAGACCCCUGUUACAAAACAAGAAGCCUUGGAACUCAUGAACAGGAACAUAGACAUUUUGGAAAAUGCAACCAAAGCAGCAGCACAGCAGGGUGCACAUUUAAUUGUUACACCUGAAGAUGGGAUUUAUGGCUGGCAGUUCAACAGAGAAACUAUCAGCCCUUACCUUGAAGAUAUUCCAGAUCCUGACAUGAACUGGAUCCCAUGUAAUGACCCUAAAAGGUUUGGCCCAGCACCAGUGCAGACAAGACUGAGUUGUAUGGCAAAGGACAACUCUAUAUAUGUAGUUGCUAAUAUGGGAGACAAAAAAAAUUGUAACAUCUCUGAGGCUGGCUGUCCAAAUGAUGGUCAGUAUAACUAUAAUACUGCUGUUGUGUAUGACUCUGAAGGAAAGCUUGUAGCCCGUUACCAUAAGCAACACCUUUUCCUUGGGGAGAUACAGUUCAAUGCUCCAAAAGAGGCUGAGGUUGUGAGCUUUGACACACCUUUCGGGAGAUUUGGCAUUUUUAUUUGCUUUGAUAUUCUUUUCUAUGACCCAGCUGUGGCUCUGGUUGUGGAUCGCAAUGUGGACACUAUCCUGUUCCCAACAGCUUGGAUGAAUGUUCUUCCCCAUCUAUCUGCUAUUGAAUUUCACUCUGCAUGGGCCAUGGGAAUGGGUGUAAAUCUGCUCUCCUCUAACACCCAUAGUACCAGCAAGAGAAUGACGGGCAGCGGAAUCUUCUCUCCAGAGAAUGUUGGACCUUAUUACUAUAAUAUGGACACUGAGGAUGGCCAUUUAGUGAUCUCUGAGUUGAAUGCACAUCCACGGAACUCUUCAACAUAUUAUUCAAUUAAAUGGAACCAGCAUGCUUCUACUAUUAAAAAAUAUUCACCUGGGACCAAUGUGUUUAAAGGAAGUAUUUUUUUUGAUCGGUUUACCUUCACGGAAUUGAAGGAGCCUGAAGGAAAUUAUACAAUUUGCCAAAAUGAUCUAUGUUGCCAUUUAAACUAUAAGAAAGCAGGUUAUGGAAAGAACAAACAGAAUAAUGAGAUUUAUGUGCUUGGUGCUUUUGAUGGUCUUCAUGUGGUCGAAGGGCAAUAUUAUUUGCAGGUGUGCACACUAUUGAAAUGUUUAAGCUCUGACUUGAAUACAUGUGGUGAAUCUGUAGAAACAGCUUCUACCAAAUUUAAACAAUUUACUCUCAGCGGAAGUUUUUCUACAAAUUAUGUAUUUCCAGAAGUUUUGCUGAACAAUGUUAAUUUGGCUCCUAAUCUCUUUAAGGUUAUGAGUGAUGGGCGCCUUGUGAGUAAACCUGCUAUAGCAACUCACCCUCUAUUAAGUGUGACACUUUUUGGAAGGCUGUAUGAUAAAGACCCAGUUAAUUAAUAAUAUUGCCUACACAACUCUGUUCCAACAAUAUAUAAUCAGUUAUAGAUGUUUAAGGAACAAGUAAAACACAAUUUCUGGAUUACUGCUUCUAAUGCUAAACUGCACAUAAAUUGAUUCUGUGAUGUGAAUCGAUAAAUUAAGUUUGAUUUAAACAAACAAUGUAAAUUUUCACCUACUUUUACAUAAAUUAGGUUGAAGUGCUUCAAAUCUGCUUCUCUACAAUAAAAAACACGAAUCCUCAAA